CGCAGGUCUCUGUUAUCGGCUUGGCUUGUUUGUCGGGCGACAUAAAAAUAGUUUUUCUUGACGAAAAAGUGGAAAAAAUUAAAUAAAACACAAAAAAAUAAUAAAAAAUACAAAAACCAUCUAUGUGAAAACAAAAUAAAGUGAAAUAUAAAUAAAGUUAUUAAAGUUGUUAACCAAAGGAAACGUAAUCAAGUGAAAAUGGACAAACCACGACGUACAACACGAGGUCGACCUACAAAAGAGGCAGCAGAAGCUGCAAAAACAAGCACAAAAACUGCUAUUCCUGUGGCAACUGCCUCCAGCGGCAGCAGCUCGGCAGGGGGUAGAAGAAGUGCGGCCAUAAGUACCGCCUCAACAGCAAGUACAGAUUCUUCAGUAUCAACACGCAGAGCAUCACCAGGACGCACUACUAGAUCCUCACCCUCUAGAAGGGCAUCACCGGCACGUACACGCACUUCACCGGCUAGAACUCGCACUUCACCGGCCAGAACUCGCACUUCACCGGUGCGCAGAUCUUCAAGGCCGCGUUCAACAAUACCCACAGUACAGCCAGCUGCGGUGGCAGCAGCACCAGCUUUAGCAUCCACAAAGGAAGAAGCUGAGGUAAAAGUCACACACACUUAUUUACCAACAACACUGACUACAAAUACAUCAACCAGAGCACCAGGUAAAAUAACAACAACCUCAUCGACCCAAAGUUCUUACAGUUCGACUACACAAAAAACUGUUGAAAUACGCACAACAAGCUCCUCGGACAUCAAUAAAUUAAGCGAUUAUAUACGUCGUUCUGUAUCGAAAACAUUCUCAACAGGCGGAGGUACAGGCGGUAGAGGUACAGAAACACGUGAGGGCUCGUUUACGCCCAGCCAACAUACAGAAGGCGAAAGUCGUUACAGCCGUUCAGUAUCACGUUCCGUAUACGAUGGUGAUGAUCGUUAUUCAAAAGCAGAAUUUUCCGAUUCCGAAGUUAAUGAAAGAGAAGAUGUUAUAGCUGAAGAAAACGAGGGCAUGGUUUAUGAGGAAGAUGAACAUUUUAAAAGUUUUAAUGCUACUAGUGUGGCACAGCCAACCUCAUUUUGUCGUAAGUUGCCGGUGCCCAAGGAAUUCGGUGGUUGGUUUGGUGUUACUUUGCUUAUGUUAGUAAUACCCGGCUUGGUGUUUUAUUUGCAAUGGUGCUGUUCUUCCCAGAAGUGUGAGUUUAAGCAGCCUCAUUUCACAGGACUUGUGGAUAAAAACUAUUGGUUUGAGGAUGUUUUUAAUGGACAAACCGUGGGCACUUAUUUAGCUUAUCAUUUUGGCAUUUUUGUUUUAUCGGCAUUUCUUUUCGGUCGCGGUGUACGUUUGCCAGGUGCCGCCGAAUACAAAUUUAAUGCCUUACCCAUGACUAUAGUUUUCCUAUUGGCAUUUGCUGUAGCAGAGUAUUUAAAAUAUCCUGUGGCAGAUUUUAUUGUUAAAAACUAUGUACGUUUUGGUAUAUAUGGUUUAUUGAAUGCCUAUGUGGUGGCCUUAUGGGCCUAUGUGCGCUCCGAUAUGUUGCGUCAAAAGGAUGCGGCUCUUUUUAAUGUUUAUGCUAAGUCUGGUAAUGUUUUGAUAGACUAUGCUUUGGGACGCCAGUUAAAUCCCAAAUGGUUGGGUUUAGUGGAAUUCAAGCAGGUAUUCUAUAAAGCUUCUUUAAUAUCUACCUUUAUGUAUGCUGUCUGUUUGUUGUACAAAAAUGUACAAUUACCUUGGUUGCCCAAAGAAACUGAGGGAGUUGUAGAGAACGUUAGCUAUUUUGUAAGUCAUUUAAAAUAUGAUGCCACCGCUUUAUUGUGUGCCGUUAUGCUUUUGCUAUAUGUUUUGGAUUCUAUUGUAUUUGAGCAUCAUUUGGCUUCUUCAUUUGAACUGCAGGGAGAGGGAUUUGGUUGUUUAUUGCUUUUGCGCUAUGCCGCUACACCCUAUUUACUGUCAGCUGUGGCCAAAUACUUUUAUGAGCAUCGUACUCCUUUGAACUGUAAAUUUGCAGCUUAUAUUCCCUUGCUGUUAUUGACUUUGGGCCUGGGCUUGAAACGUUUGAGUAAUGCCAUCAAAUACAAAUAUCGUGUACAACCCAAUCAUCCACAUUUCGCUAACAUUGAAACCAUACACACUUUCCAAGGUAAACGUUUACUUUUGGGUCCGAUAUGGGGUCGUGUGCGUCAACCCAACUAUUUGGGUGAUAUUAUAGCCAUUAUUGCUUUAGGUUUACCCUUGGCCAUGCGUUUUGCUUGGCCACCUUUGGUUUGCUUAGCUUUAAUCGUUUUAUUACUGGUUCAUCGCUGCUUCCGUGUAAAUGCCAGAAAUACCUCACGUUAUCACUCGUCGUGGGUGCGUUAUCGUAGUAUAGCACGUAAUUAUCUGGUGCCCAAUAUAUUUUAAAUUUUAUACCCCAAAAUGAUUUAAAUUUUAACUCAAAAACGAAUUUUUAAUUCUACUUUUAAAUUUUAAUUUCCCACCGUUUGUUUUAAUUUUAAAUUUUAGUUAAUUUGGCUUUUGUUUGAUAAAUCGUUUUUUAAAUUUUGUAAAUAAUAUUUUUUAUUUUCAAAAUUAACUAAAUCUCUCUGUAAGUGUAUGUGUGUGUGUGUGUCCACUACUUUAACCACAACAUCAACAUAUUUUAUUUUCAAAAUAUGUUUUUUUUUAUAAUAAUUCAUAUAAUUUUACUAAAAUUGACAAUUUUUUUAUAAUUAUAUAAAAAUGGCUUUUCAAUUUGAUCCCUUGAAAUCAUUUAUACAAUAAAUAAAAAGUAAUAUAAAGAAUUCAAACAUUUAUAUUUAAUAAUUAGUUUAUUUUAUACUAGAAAAAACAACAACAAGAAAAAUAAAUUAACUACUCUAACGUGUAAUGUAUGAAUAACAUAAAAAGCGUUGCAAUCAUACUCAUUUAACGUUUAAAAAAACAUUUAAUCCAUUUAAAAUUUAAGCUAUUUUUUUAGACUAUCUGUAUAUAAUUUAUUUCUUACUACUUACUAUUACGUAUUUUACUUAUUUUUAGUUUAAAAUGUAUGACGUAUUUUUUUAAAAACAAUAAAAUAAAAGUUUAGACUAAAAAAA